CGGAGGCGAACUGGCAAAGAGAUGCGCGAGUUCAAGGUAGUCGUCCUCGGUUCGGGCGGGGUAGGCAAGAGUGCACUAACCGUGCAAUUUGUCUCGGGAUGUUUCAUGGAGAAGUACGAUCCGACCAUCGAAGAUUUCUACCGAAAGGAGAUCGAGGUGGACAACUCGCCGUGCGUGCUAGAGAUCCUCGACACCGCCGGUACCGAACAGUUCGCGAGUAUGCGCGAUCUUUAUAUAAAGAACGGUCAGGGCUUUGUGGUCGUUUACAGUCUGACGAAUCAUCAGACCUUCCAGGACAUCAAAGCGAUGAAGGAAUUGAUCACCCGUGUGAAAGGCACCGAACGUGUACCGGUGUUGCUUGUCGCGAACAAACUCGAUCUGGAGCAUCAACGUGAAGUGGACACGGCGGAGGGUAACGCUCUGGCACAGGUCUGGGGCUGUCCAUUCGUCGAGGCAUCCGCGAAGAACCGCACAAACGUCAACGAUGUGUUCGCCGAAAUCGUACGCGAGAUGAACUUCAGCCCUGAGAAAGAAAAGAAAAGUUACUGCUGUUGCACUAUCCUCUAAUGAUUAAUCAAAAUCCUGGACCGGGCUAGCCGAGCCACACUAGAUUCGUAACCGCAGG